AUCGGAAUCAGAGUUCUCUCUCUCGGCGCCGCCGUAUCAAUAUCUCCUCACCGCCGUCGCCAUCAACGCACCUUCAUUUCAGUGAGUUAAGAGUUUUGGAAAUGGCGAACAAGAUUGCAAUGUUGCUCUCGGAAGCAAUGAACAGCAAUGCUGUAAUCAACACUUGUCUUGGAGUAUCGUUUGUGGUAUUGGGAUUGAGAUCUGAUAAACAGCAGAAGUAUGUUGAGGCCUUAGCAGAGCAGAAAGAUUCGCUCUUUAAGUCUAAUAAGGCAAUGAAAGUCACUAUGUGGGAGUGGAAACAACAACUCUUUGCUGAAGCUGCUUCUGCUGGUAACUCUGCGGUUGUUCCUCUUUCCACGCUUAAGGCUAUCUAUGGCGAGGUCACCACUACAACCAGUCAAUCUGGUGACACAGCCAAGGAAGAGUCUAAAGUGUCUACACCCAAGAUCAUGAUAUGAGAAGUUUUGUAGGUUCAUUUCUCUUGAAAGUAUCCACUCAGAUAAAGUAAAGAUUAGCAUAUAGUCACAUCAUUUUCAUAAAAAAUUGCAUUUGUAGUACUAGUUUGGCAUCUGAGUGUCUAUUGUUGUGAUCCUUGUUUUAAACUCGUAUAAGUAUACAAGAACUAAAAUAAGGUAAGACCCUCUUUCGGGUUUAUGAUUAGGCCUUGUAUGGUUGGCUUAAAUCGAAAAGAAAAAAAUCCAAAUCUUGUUACAUGAAAUGAACAUUUUUGAUACCAUGGUUGUCAACUAGAUCCUUAUAAUAA